AUGGAGGAUGGCAACGACAAGCCUAACAACCAGAGGAACAACAACAAUCGUCGUCGUCGCCUACCAUCCAAGUUACGGAGAAUCGAGGAUCAGUCUGGGUUUCUACAUAAUGGUGAACGAUGGGGGUCUACGCCACAAGCUUAUGGGUCUGCGGAAGCCUCUCAAGCAUCUUCCUCUACUCUCGCUGAUGGGAGCUCUGUGGCCAGGGGGCGUAGACGAGGGCGAGGACGCCGUUCGACCACGACCGCUUCGGAGCACGACGCCCGGCAUUCGCAAUCCCCCAUGGAGUCCACGACCAUUCCGCCGAGUUACCACGAAUGGCAAGCGGAGGCAUCAACGAGCUCCGCAGGGAUGGGAGUGUUCGCCAUUGGACCGUCGUCGUAUGCCUCGAGCUCUCUCCCUGCCCGUUCCCCGAGGCGAGGGCUGUCGUCGCAUGGCGAUUCGCCUGUUGAAUAUUUGUCAGACCCCGGUACCCCUUGGACGACAUGCCCCGCCCCGUAUUACGACGAUCCCGGACAGGGCCUGUACGGAACGACACUCGCGGGACGCACGACGGCGACACCCGCCGGAACACGGUCACGCUCGUAUAGCUCUUCCAGAGAAGGCCAAGAGAACCAAGGCAGUGCUACCCGUCAAGCUGAAGCGCCCCCCGUUGAUGCGCCUAGGGCUUGGGCAAUUCAUCCUCGCCACCACCCAUCACACACUACCAGGCCACCGAGCACCAGGCACCCGGGUUCGACGUCGCUAAUAUCGACUGGAGCUAAUGACUACAGUGUCCUGGGCGGUGGUGUAGACACAUCGUCCUACGGGCCUCCUCGCAGCGCAGAACCGUCUCCGGGCCUGGACGCACAUACGUUCCGGGGACAUGGACGCGUGAGCCCUGCGCCAGCCGCUGCUCGCGCACGCGACCGAGAGUUCGAGGAUGCGUACGUCAUGUUUCAGCGCCAACAGGCGGCGUACGCCGUUGCGCAGGGUCUUGUCAGCUCGGACGAUGAAUAUUGGGGACAGUGGCUGCCCGGGCAUUCCCCUAGUCUUCCCCACGCCUUUCGGUAA